UUCCUCGGACACCCUCGGUUGCAUUUCCUGGGCUUUCAAUUCUCUUUCAACUUCACUUUCUUAGGAAAAUCUUUGUAGCAUAUUCUUCCCUCUCAAUCGCGAGACAUCACUGUUUCUUUAACCUCGCCCAAAUUUUGCUUCUGAAACAAUUUGUGUAGGAUCACUCGAUCUAUAUCUCAAGAUUUUCAAGGUUGUGUAAUUGGAUACUAAUAGACGCUCAGGAUCGCUCAAUUCGCCAUUGUUGUAAAGUUUAAUACAGUUUUUAGCAGCUAUUUUUGAUGAGUUCGCGAGCGAGAUACCCACCGCCAGGAAUGGGCGGCGGCAGAGGCGGAGGGGGCGGAAUGAACCCGAAUGCCGGACCAAACCCUAGUUUUCAGCCACGAAACCCUAUGCACCAGUAUGUGCAAAGAGGUCCAGCGCCUAAUAAUCAGAAUCAGCAAAUGUAUCAGAAUCAUCAGCAGCAGCAAUGGCUGCGAAGAAAUCAGUUGCCUCCAUCCGAUUCCGCUGUAGACGAGGUUGAAAAGACCGUGCAGUCAGAAGCCAUUCAUUCUAGUUCACAAGAUUGGAAGGCAAGCUUAAAGUUACCACCACGGGACAAUCGUUACAGAACCGAGGAUGUUACAGCUACCAAAGGAAAUGAAUUUGAAGACUACUUUUUAAAGCGCGAACUGCUAAUGGGAAUAUAUGAGAAGGGUUUUGAGAGCCCAUCCCCGAUUCAGGAAGAGAGUAUUCCAAUUGCUCUCACUGGAAGUGAUAUUUUGGCUAGGGCAAAAAAUGGAACCGGAAAAACUGCAGCGUUUUGCAUUCCCGCCUUGGAGAAGAUUGAUCAAGAUAAAAAUGCUAUUCAAGUUGUUAUUCUUGUCCCAACAAGAGAAUUGGCUCUUCAAACUUCACAAGUUUGUAAAGAACUGGGAAAGCACUUACAAAUUCAAGUCAUGGCUACUACUGGUGGAACUAGCUUAAAAGAUGACAUAAUGCGCCUUUACCAGCCAGUGCAUUUACUUGUUGGGACGCCCGGAAGAAUUCUUGAUCUUGCUAACAAGAAUGUCUGUGUUCUGAAUGAGUGUAGCAUGCUUGUAAUGGAUGAGGCUGAUAAGCUUCUGUCCCCAGAAUUCCAACCUUCUAUCGAGCAGUUGAUUCGCUUUAUGCCCACAAGCCGUCAGAUUCUUAUGUUCUCAGCUACAUUUCCUGUUACAGUAAAAGAUUUCAAAGAUCGAUACCUGAGAAAACCCUAUAUCAUCAACCUUAUGGAUGAGCUUACCCUAAAGGGUAUAACCCAGUUUUAUGCUUUUGUUGAAGAAAGACAGAAAGUUCACUGCCUCAACACCCUUUUUUCAAAGCUUCAAAUAAACCAGUCUAUUAUUUUCUGCAAUUCUGUGAAUCGGGUGGAACUUCUUGCCAAGAAAAUCACAGAACUUGGCUACUCUUGCUUCUACAUUCACGCUAAGAUGCUUCAGGAUCACCGCAACAGAGUAUUUCAUGACUUCCGUAAUGGUGCCUGCAGGAAUCUUGUCUGCACUGACUUGUUUACGAGAGGGAUAGAUAUCCAGGCAGUCAAUGUUGUAAUCAACUUUGAUUUUCCUAAGAAUUCUGAAACAUAUUUACACAGGGUUGGCCGAUCCGGAAGAUUUGGACACCUUGGCUUAGCUGUGAAUCUCAUCACCUAUGAGGACCGUUUUAAUUUGUAUAGGAUUGAACAAGAAUUAGGAACAGAAAUCAAGCAGAUCCCACCACAAAUUGACCAGGCUGUAUACUGUCAGUGAUCUGCAGCGUUUGCUAUUCGACCCACGAUUUGAAGUUUGUAAGGAAAGUUGCUGCCCUGUGGAAGAGGUGAGAUGAUUGAAGGUUGAGGUUCAGAUGCAACCAUGGUCUUGGUAAUGAGAAGCUUUAUAUAUGAUGCUCAAAUUUCCAACAUAUUGGGCAUCUGAUACCACUUGAACUUCUAAAGGGAUGGUAUACCGUACAACCUUCAGGAUUAUAUCUUAUUGCUCUAGGUUAUGACUCGUCUUAUUCUCUAUAUUAACGUUAGACUAUGGCCAUCAUGUGUUUCUGUAUGUUCUGUGCGAAAGAGGGUUUUCUUAUCCUAGUUUGUACGAUUGAUCUUGAUUGAAGGAGAAAAAGAGAUUGAUUCUGUUU